AUGGCCCACUCCCACCCCGGUCUCGAGCCCUACCGCGGUCUCCUUUUGGUAUGUCCUGAGGCCAACUGGCGCGACAAUGCACAGCGGAUCACUUGCCUGAGGUUUGAUAAGCACGCGGUGGAGCAUAAUGAUAAUAAAAGCGAAGCCCAGAAUAACGAGUAUCGCAACACGCUAGAAAGUGCUACUCGCUCAUUCCGAAUCGCAUACAACAGUCCCAAAUCUGGAGACGAUGAUGAGGAAACUAUCGGGGACUGGCUGGGUCAGUCGACGAAAGACAUAUAG